AUGACAACUUCUCUUCCCGAAUAUUUAGCAGAGGAUAACGUAAGUGAAGAGUGUAAGAAAUUGAUCUCUAUCCUACCAAAAGAAAAAGGAUGGGUUAGAUCAGUCUACAAUUAUCAAGGUUUUUGGACAUCACUAAAAUUUCUUCAAGGUGGGGUGAGCCUUUACGGUCCAUUUUGGAAUCACGUGUUGGAUUAUUGGAAACAAAGCUUAGAAAAUCCUAACAAAAUACUUUUCUUAAUGUAUGAAGAGAUUAAAAAGAAACCAAAAAUUCAGCUUAAACGCUUGGCUAAAUUCUUGGAAUGUCCAUUUUCCAUAGAGGAAGAAAAUUCAGGAGUGGUGGAUGAGAUAUUAAAAAUGUGUAGCUUUGAGAAUUUGAGAAAUUUGAAGGUGAAUACACAUGGAAAAUUUUCAACUGGAGAGCCAUAUAAAGUGUUCUUUCGUAGAGGAGAAAUUGGAGAUUGGAAGAAUUAUUUUACUAUAGAGAUGAUCGAUAAACUCAAUCAUAUCAUUGAAGAAAAGUUUCAAGGGUCUGGAUUAAAGUUUUCGUAUGUUUGAUUAUACAUUAAUAUGCUAUAAAAUGCAAUUAUUUAUUUUGAAAAUCAAUGCUGAAGUAGUUUUGUUUGAGAGUAAUGUAACAAGGACA